CCGAAGGGCAUCCGCACAGCAAGGCCAAAUCGGGCUUCAUUUCGGCCCUGGACGGUGCCGCAGUGCUGUCCCACUUGGCGGCCCAUGAUCGAUCGCCGCAAACGCAACCUCCAUCACCCAAGGCAGGACUCAAGCAAUGCGCAUGGGCACACCUCUCUGCACAGCCUUAUCCAGGUCCGGCCGGAGCGCCGCCGCGGGGCUCGCCUGCAGGGCCGGGUUGCUCUCGACGAUGCCAUGCGCCUCAAUGCUGGUCCCAAGCCGAGCAGCGACGACGAAGCAGUGGCUCCGGCGCCAGAUCAGCGAUCCCUUCGUUCGACAGGCCGUCAUCGACAACUACCGAUCGCGGGCGGCAUUCAAGCUGGACUAUCUGGCAGCCAAGCAUCGGCUGUUCAGAGAGGGCAUGGUUGUCCUUGAUCUUGGGGCAUGUCCUGGCGGAUGGAGCCAGGUUGCAGCACGAUGCGUCGCUGCUUCAGAAGGCGAGGGAAUAGUUGUGUCGGUGGACUUGCAGCCGAUCGACCCGAUACCCGGCGUCCAUUUCAUUCAGGCCGAUGUGAUGAGCUCCGAGACGCUCGAUGCAAUCGAAAUUAUGAUCGCCAACACCCUGCGCAACCGCCAGGCCGAGGUCUCUGGCAGGGGCUCGAUGCACCGGAUCAGCGACAUCCAGGCAAUGAAGGCCCAGAUCGGUUCCCCAGCGAAAUCGGCCCGGGUCGUCGAUGUCGUCCUGAGCGACAUGGCCCCGGCGUUCUCGGGCAACCGCACCGUCGAUGUUACCCGGACGACGGAGCUGUGCGAGAUGGCCCUGACGGUGGCGAACCGCCUGCUGAAGAAAAAGGGAUCGCUCGUGUGCAAGUUCCUCCAGGGCGAGUCCUUCAACGAACUUCGGGCACUCCUGGAGGCCCACUUCGAAACAGUUAUGCACGUCAAGCCGCCUGCCAGCCGCAAGGAGUCGACAGAGAUGUUUUUGGUGUGUCUCAAGUUCAAGGGCCCAACCGCCGCUGGGCACAUCGAAGCAACCGAAAAGUAGCACUCGAUGGGCUCGACAAAUCAGCCAGGCCAGCAUAAAGCAAAAUAUAUCGCAGAUCCUCGGUCCGCUCUCGUACCACUGCUGCUCUCGCAUGUGAUAUGGGUCCCUUUUCAUCCGCCCGUCGCAAAGUUGGGCC